AUGAAGUAUAAGCUAGGAAUUUGGGGGUUUCUAGCUCUUUCUCGCUAUCUACAGGCAUGCGUUUUGAAAUGCAUUAAUGGAGAUCUUCGUGAAGCAGUCAACAUGGACUUGGUUUCCUUUGCAAAGCAGUUGUUGAACUCUGACCCACUGGACGACCAGCUGUUGGGAAUUCGUAUUCUUGACCACCUCCUCAGAAGCAGGGAAGACCAAGAUGAACGCUACAAGGAAAAGGUGCUCACAAAGAUUCGAUCUUCUCUUGAUACCGUCGAGAAAGCAGUAUACAUGAUGGGCUUGGACAGAGAGGUGGAACAAGAUACCAGAGGGCACGCUGCGCGCAUACUGCUGGAGCUCGCACCUGGCCUUCAAGUCGAGAGCUUUCCUGGUAUUUUUCAGGCUAUUUCUUCACUGCUUAGCGCACGCAAGACAAAGACCAGCGGAAGCUCCAGCAAUUCAACCUGUGCGAGCAAAGAGCUCAAAUUGCUUGGUGUGGAUAUUCUCGACAAACUCCUGACUAAUCCAGAAAACUGUGCAGAGGUGAAGAAUGCCAAGAACCUGCUCUCCAAGAUCAUACACAUUACAAGCUGCCAGGAUGAAAAGCUAGACUCCGAUAUUGAUAAAAAGAUAGUCGAAAACUCACUAGAAGUCUUGAGCAAGCUUGUGAGCACAGUUGGUGAGACCGGCGAGGAGCUCAGGUGCCAAGUGUCCAGUAAUAUGUACACCAUAAGGAAUAUUGGCAAGUUCUUCAUAGAUCAUCCUGAAAGCCAACCAAAGAUGCUUGCUCAAGCAGCAGACAUCCUUGCAUGCCUAGCUUCAAAUGACACUGCGAGAAAGGAGAUAGAAAGGUCACACCUGAUCAUCCGGAAACUCAUCAGUCUCCUAGCUGAAGAAAUUGAUGACGUCCAAGUCCAAGAAAGCUCCGUGAGAAUGUCGGCAGCCGAAGCGUUGGUAUUGCUCACUGCUCCUACCAGAGAAAUUGGUGUGCUCAGUACAGUGAGUGAAAGGAGCAUCAAGCCAGUAUUGUCAGAAACUAAGCUUGAAGACAUGCAGCGAAUUGUCUCGCUGCUCUCUGAUGAGUCUGCAGAGCACAGAAUUAUGGUGACGAAAUUCCUGCAGAAUCUGCGGAGUUACCAGCGAGCAGAAUAUGGUGAUCAGCUGGAGAUAAUCAACAAAGCUCUACCAAAGGUAUUGGAAGCAAUCAAAAUUGCAUCGGAUAAAAUAGAAGGGACAGGUUGUGCUGAUGAACCUUCUGGUCAUGAAAUGGAGGCGCUGAUAACUGAACAAGGUAAGCUGCUGGAGAGCUUUAUUGGCCUGUGCAUGCAAAUUUGCAUCAGCGGGAAUGCAAAGCAGUUCACCGAUGCGCUGAGGAGUGCUGAGAUUACAGACGAUAUGUUCGUCCAGAUGCUUGCAAAGAUACUGGAAGUGUACAAGUCUCCAACUUCCGAUGCUCCAGGCAUAAGAAGGGCGGUGAUUCAACAAAUGAACUGGAUGAUGAAUGAGGACCAAGAGUACAUUAACAUUUUCCUGAAGCAUGAAAUGGAAAAUGCACUGAAAGAAGUAGCAGAGACGGCAUUGAAGCUUGAGAACUAUUGGUUCUUUCGUUUUGGCGUCAAAGCUUUUGAGCAUGAGGAAUCCAUUUAUUCUCUUCUCAGCAUUUCGCCACUACUGCAGGCAGGGCACAAUCGUGAGAACGCACCUACUAUAAUUGCCUACUUUGCUGCUUAA